AGCAUUUAUCAGGCCCAGUAUAUGGGAGAAUGUGGCUCUAAUUCAACACAGACACAUGAAAUGUGACAUUUUAGUGUUCUAUAGAGUCUCAUUGGAUGAGUGUUUCAUUCCAUUUUGAUUUUAUUCCCAAGAAUAUUCCUACUCAGAUGCCACUCAGGGGAUUUUACUUGUUUCAUGUAAACACAUUUCUCUCCCCUUCUAAGCUGCAGUGGGAUUGGUCUCUUGGUAUUUCUAAUCAGCAGCCUGGCUUAAUUAGACAAAGCCAUUCAUUAGCAAUGAGAUAAAAGUCCCACGUCUCAAUCGGCACAUUCACCACCUGCAAGAGAUACCCACCAGCGGCAAGUGUCGGACUGGGGUCCCCCCGGCCCACUGGGUCCCAAGCCAAGGGCCCACCUCCCCUGCUUGCCUCUGCUCCACUUUGCAUUGCUUGCUAUCAACCAUUGGACUGGUGUUCCCAGGGCCCCCCAGGUACCCAAGCCAAGGGCCCACCUCCCCUGCUUACCUCUGCUCCGCUUUGCAUUGCUUGCUACCAACCAUUGGACUGGUGUUCCCAGGGCCCCCAGGUACCCAAGCCAAGGGCCCACCUCCCCUGCUUGCCUCUGCUCCGCUUUACAUUGCUUGCUAUCCACCAUCGGACUGGUGUUCCCAGGGCCCCCCAGGUACCCAAGCUAAGGGCCACCACCCAGAUACUGUCACACCCUGCCUGUCCCUGCUCUGCUUUGCAUCACUUAUAUUGCUCUUCACUCAGUAUAAUGUUCUUUAUAGUAUAUUUUUGUGAAUAGGAAGUAGCAAUUCUUUUAUCAUAUGCAAUUACUCUUCUGUAUAGGUGUCAGUAAGGGUCAGUACACUAUGGCUGGGUUUAACAGUCUAAUAGAAACAAGUGCUCAGAACCAGACGCCUAUACGUGAGGUUUUCAUCCUGGGAUUCCAAACCCCUCGCAGCUACCGGGUUGGGCUCUUUAUAAGUUUCUUUGCCAUUUACACGUUGAUCUUAUCUGGGAACCUUCUGGUCAUCUCACCGAUGUUGUCUUCUAGGCUCUUAUAUUCUCCAAUGUACUUUUUCCUCAGCCAUCUCUCACUGUCUGAAGUCUUGCUCAGCACAAAUAUUACUCCACUUAUGCUGGAUGCCCUGCUCAGCAAUGGAGUCACCAUGUCCAUAUCUGGCUGCCUCGUGCAGCUUCAGCUCUUUGGCACCUUCGUGGCAACAGAGAGCCUCCUACUCACAGUGAUGUCCUAUGACCGAUAUUUAGCAAUCUGCCGUCCAUUACAUUAUGCCUCCAUCAUGGACUACUGGUCCUGCAUCUACUUAUCCAUUACUUGUUGGGCUCUUGCUACUUUAAUCAGUUCUAUUUCAGUUGGCUUUAUAUCCACCCUAUAUUUCUGUGGAUCAAAUAUCAUUGACCACUUUUUCUGUGACUUUGCUCCUCUGUUGAGGUUAUCUUGCUCCGACACGUCUAUGGUGGAGCUGGAGGUUUCUUUGCUUUCCACAACACCCACCAUCUUUCCAUUUCUCUUUAUCAUUGUUACAUAUUGUUGCAUCAUAAGGUCUAUCCUGAGAAUGCCAUCGCUCAAGGGCAAGGAAAAAGCCUUCUCCACCUGUAGCUCUCACCUGGGGGUGGUUUCCAUGUAUUACAUGACAAUAAUCAUGGUGUAUGUGAUGCCUAACAAAGGACAUUCAAAGACGAGGAACAAGGUGGUCUCGUUGCUUUACACUAUGCUUACACCGUUUUUAAAUCCCAUCAUCUACUCUCUGAGGAAUCAGGAGAUCAAAUCAGCUUUGGGUGGGUUAUUGAAAAGGAAACAUGCAAUAAAAAUGUUACUGUAGGAUCUGAAUAAGGGAAACAAAAACCCACAAGAUCCAAUAAUUAUAAUUGCUUACCCCAUACCUAGGGCUAGUGCUUUUCUUUGGCCCAGGGUACUUCUCACCUGUCCCAGGGUUCCCUUGUGGCUGCCCGGAACUGUAUAGUAAAACCAGAACGUAGAUUUAAAAGGCUGAAACAUAGGUUCUACUGUGUAAUGUGCAUGUCCGAGGGCAGGGGUCCCCAACAUUUCUUACUCGGGAGCCACAGUCAAAUGUAAAAAGACUUGGGGAGCAACAC